AUGUCGCAGCAUCCCACCCCAGCCGAGGAUGCAUCGACAAGCUCCCUACCUCCGGGCACAGCACAAUUGGUCGACCUGGACGGGACGAUGGCAACGAAACACGCAGAUGGCAAGGGUGUGAGGGACAUUGUGCUCAUUCCAAGACCAAGUGAUGACCCGGAAGACCCUCUCAACUGGUCGUUCCGACGGAAGCUCCUCUCCACCUCAUGCGUCGUUGUUUACACUGUUCUGCUAGCUCUACCCUCCAGCGCAGUGUACUCGGUUGUCACUCCAAUAAGACAAGCGACAGGCUUGACGCUUACAGACCUGAACAAUGGUACUGGUAUCAUGUUCCUGUUCUUUGGAUGGGGCUGCAUUAUAUGGCAGCCGCUGGCUCUGCAGUACGGCAAGCGCCCUGCGUACCUGCUAUCUCUCAUUGCCAAUAUCAUAAUCAUGGCCACAGCACCAUUGUGCACGACUUCUCGGACCUACGAGGCCAGCCGUAUCCUUCUUGGCCUGUUCGGCGCUCCUGUUGAGUCGCUCUGCGAGAUCUCCAUCGCUGAUAUUUGGUUCAUACACGAAAGACACAACUAUAUGGCCUGGUACGGUUGGUCGCUUGCUUUAACCGGGAAGCUGGCUCCGAUGAUCUCUGGGUUUAUCAAUACCGGCAUGGGAUGGGAGUGGACUUUGUGGUGGUGCGCCAUUUUCAACGGCAUCGCAUUCAUAUAUUGCUUCCUUUUCAUGGAGGAGACGAAUUACGACCGCAAACAUGCGGACAGCCCCGUACCUGACGCCGAGGAGAAGGCCCCCAGCCCGGUUCUCGAAAACACCAACAUGAGCAGCACUGCAGACGCGGCAUCGGCUGACAAGGGCCUCGGUUCCAAAGAAAGGCUGCCAACAUCACCCAGCAGUGAUAUCGAGGAAGCCCAAGUUAUCAAGCCCCGAAAGACUUACUGGCAAAAGCUGACCCUGAGGGAUAAGCCUCGCCCGAACCGCGUCCUGGACAUCGCUCUCGCGCCCUUCAAAGGCUUUUUGUAUCCUCCUGUGGUGUAUGCAGGUCUCAUGUACGGUGCCAACAGUCUCGUCUGGUCCGGUGUUCAGAAUGCCACCGCCGGGACCGUAUACACGACCACGUAUGGAUGGUCUACCACAGAUGUGUCGGGCGCAUAUGCUGCAGGUGUGGUUGGUACCAUUACCGGCGGAUACUACUCAGGCAAGGUCGGGCGCAUGCUGACUGUGCGUCUCGCGCGGCGCAACAACGGGACCUCUGAGCCAGAGCACAUCUUGUACCUCUUCGUGGCGUCCAUGGUGCUCGUACCCUUUUCCCUGGUCCUCUACGGAGUCGGCGUCGUCUCCCACAUCCACUGGUUCGGCCUGGUGUUCAGCCAGUUCCUGCUCGCCAACAGCAACGCGCUGUGCGUCUCUGCCGCCCUCACCUACGCGAUCUCGUCGUACCGCGAGCUUUCGGGCGGGAUGGUGGUAACGUGCGUGCUCAUCCGCAAUACGCUCAGCUUCGCCAUCAACUACGCCAUCACGCCAUGGCUGGAGGCCACGGGAUACCUGAACACGUACGUGACCGUCGCGGUGGUCGGUUUUGUGUGGAAUGCAAGCCUGUUCGGGAUGGUCAGGUGGGGGAGGAGGGUGAGAGAGGCUACAGCGCAAAGGUGCUGGAAAGAUGUGAAGAGGGCGAGGGAGAAGGGCCUGAGUGAAUAG